AUGUAUUCGUACAUCACCAAGGAAUUACCAAAGCUCAUAAAUUCGACAUUUAAGGAAUGCGAUCAGCAGAGACAAGGCAUCUUCGGCCAUAGUAUGGGAGGACACGGCGCGAUUAUGAUUGCUUUGAGAAAUCCGACUUUAUUCCGAAGUAUUUCUGCAUUUGCACCCAUUUGUAAUCCGAGCAAGUGCCCUUGGGGUAAAAAGGCAUUUAGCGGAUACUUGGGCAGUGAUGAGAGCAAAUGGAAAGAAUAUGAUUCAGUUGAGAUUUUGAAAGAGUAUAAAGGAGACGCGAGGAAAAUACUGAUCGAUCAAGGGGAAGAAGACAACUUUUUGAAAGAUGGACAGUUGCUGCCGCAAAAUCUUGAAGCAGUUCAUUCUGAUAAGGUGAAAAUAGAAGUGCGAUAUCAGAAAGACUAUAAUCACUCGUAUUUUUUCAUUGCAACGUUCAUGGAGGAUCAUAUUCGUUUCCAUCACGAUAUUCUAACAGCAAUUUGAUCUUGUUUAGGGUUUCAUGAAUAUAAUGUGAUUGUAUUAGAUGAUAGUCGUAAGAUGCAUUGAACGUUUGUAACAUCUUUUGUUGUUUGCUGUAGUUUUCGUGUUUUCUGUGCAGCAAAGUUUUAGAUUACAUUCGGAAUUUUUUAAUUAAAAUCAGUUAAGGUGACAGGGUUUUGUGUUGUUGCUUUGUUGUAUGUUCGAAGUGAAGUUGAAUUAUAAUUCUGCUCUAUCGGGUCCGUUUGAACUCGUUCCAAUCGAACGUCAUCAGAAUACUUAAUGAAUUGUCUAAGAAUAUGUUUAGAAUGUGAAUUCAAAAUCAGUUUCAAUUGCUUCAUCACAUGGCUAACCUUUUUUUCUCGUUGAAAGCUCUUCCUCGUAUUUAACAUUGUAAGUUGUAAAUUUCAAACUUCGUAGUGGAAUAAAGUUUGGCAUCGU